CCACAUUCCACUUCCACAGCUUGUCCAGGACGUGACAUGGUAGCAAUGCCCUAAGAUUUCGACCUCCAUAUCGAUACCUUAGUAUCCUACAAUUAAUCGACCUCCAAAUCGAUACCCCACCUAUAAGAUCUCGACCUCUAUCGAUACCUUGCGAGCUCUUAAUUGAGUACUCGACCCCAUUUACGCUAUCCUCCAGAAUGGCCCCCAAUCAUAUUGGAUAUUUUGAUCCAGAAGGUGUGGCUACGACCGGAAAGACGGUGGUUUAUAUAGACGUUUUCGCAUUUACGCACAUGCUCUUAUACUUGGCAGAGACUCAGCAAGACGAUAUUCGUACAGCCUUUCCCCUCUGCCUUCGUGGUACUGCUCUCUUCUGGUACUCCACUGAGCUUACACCCCUGGAACGUCGUCUCCUCUCGUCCGUUCCUGUCUCUGGGAUUUGCACUUCUCUUAUUUCACGAUUUAAACCCCCUCAGCGAUUCAACCAAAAGGAUGCCUUACAGAUACCCAAAUACAACAGAUCGUUCAAGUGGUUCAGCAGAUAUAAAAGCUAAAAAGGCGGGAAGAGAUUCUUAAUAAGAACUAAAUACUAAAUCU